AUGCAGCUUGCAAGCAGGUUAGAGGAGGCGUUCACGAAUAACAAUGUCCUCUCGGCCGUUAUGGUUCUUGUUGAGGAGAAAUCUUCCACAUCUCUGGUCGACCGGCUGGACGAAGUAGCGAGCAGGGCACUACAUAAAAAUGAAUUUAAAAAUGUUACUCUCAUAUUAAGGGCAAUUGAACAAAUAAUCUCUAAAGAUGGAGAUUGUAUUAACAGGCUUGUCCGCCAAGGUGUUGUCAUAAAGAUGCUAAAUUGGUUCGAAAGGGUAUCAGAACACCUGAAGAUGCAGCCAAAGCCCCUCAAGGCCCCAAUGCAGCUAAUGGAAGUGUUCUACGAAGUGUCCAUGAGCCUUUGCCAGAGUGAUAUUGACGGCAACAGUAAGAUUUUGGAGCUCCUCCUGUUGAGGUUUGGUGCUGUUGUGAUUGACCAAGAAGUGAAAUUCGGUCUACGUCUAGAGGCAAUUAAGACCAUUAACUCAAUGUUGGACAGUGCUUCAAAAGAGUCUCGGAAAAAAAUCUGCCAGUCUGAUGAUCACAACUUUCUACUAGUGGAGUUUGCCAAGGUGAUAGUAGAUGUUGGUGAUUAUGAAAUGCAGGUGGCCAUAUCUGAGGCGCUCUGCAGAAUGACCCCAAAGAAACUGAGAGAGGAGCUGUCCGGCAAGUGGUUUAGCUACAGAAGCUUUGCGUCAACUUUCACAACAAUAAGGGUGAAGGAGUUUGAAACGGAUUGUAGAAUAUUUCUAAAUGAACUCAACAGCUAUUUUGGAGAUUCAAGGAGAGUGUUUUCAUUUCCAUGCAGUAGGGCGUUUUUGGAGUUCACUGAGUUGUUCAAACCUCAAGAUGAGCUGCUGAAGGAUUUCUGGGUGGACUUUAACCUGGGGACAUCCUGCAUCAGCUUCUUUGUGCAUGACCCAGAAGGAACUCUGUGGGAACUUAUUCAUCUGCCUAAAGAAACCCUCAGCUCAUACACUCUUCGAGAAUGUGAUGAUCGGAAGCUCUUAAGUAUUCACAUGUCUCAUCCAGUGUCUCAUGGAAACAUGAUUGGGAAAAUGGUCCAGAUCGCCUUUGACGCGAAGUAUGACAUUCUGACUGCAGUAGAGAAGGUUUAUGGUGGAAGAGAGGAGUCAAAAUUGCCAGAAGCUCCAAAGCAGGCUUCACCAGCAGAAGACACGGGAAUUGCUGCUGAGAGUACGCAAAAAUUCUCCAGUCCUCCUGUUACACAGACCACUGGGAAAACUCAGGUUUCCUUUUUGCUUCAGAGUGGACCAGGAAAACUGCCAUCACCCACGAGCAGAAAAAUCCAACUGGAAGAAACAUUUAGGCUAAGAAAUGAUUCUGACACAGAGGUGGUACGGGCUAAAACUGCUAUAUUCAGUCAGUCUUUCUCUUCUAAUGGGUCUGUCAGCUCUGUUAAAUCCCUUCCUUCGACUUCAAGAGAAAUGAAAUCUGUACAAAAGAGGAAAGGGAGGCCAUUCCUCUCUGAGAGUGAGAGCCGUUCACCAUUCAGCGAGAAACGCUCCUCCCAACAGACACCUCAAUCUGACUACACCAGAAAGAAGCCCCGAGUAAAGAGCAGACUGAAAGUUCUGCCACUUUCUUCACCCAGCAGCAAUGAGGACGAGUACAAGGAAUCAACCCCCAUGCGCAGAUCUUUGGAAAGGGAGAGGGCUGAAAGUGCCUUGUGGCUUCAGAGCAAGCAAGGCAAAGCGAGGAAGAGUCAGGACAUCUCUCACACAUCCAAAGGGAUCACUGCGGAUUCAGGCUUUCAAGAGAGAACUGUUUUAGAUGACACUGUUUUCAUAGAGGACCAUGGUUUGUCUAUAGAGCAGCCUAAAAUACAUCAAGAGCCACAUCCACCUCCAAGGAAAAAAACACAAUUAUCUACAGAGUUGCAGGAGGGUCCUGAGGUGUCUGAGGCAAGACUAGUGAGCGAGGAGGAGUCACCAUUCCUUACUUUCAAACCCAGAAGACUGUUCCCUCCUUCCACCCCAUUGGAGACUGCUACUGAAUCAAUGGCCCAGACAUUGUUGGAGGAGGAAGAAUCUGAAACGGAGUUGGGCUCUGGAGUCACUGCUGCCUUUAACACCUUUAAGACUCAGCUAAGAGAACACUUCUCUUCUAGGUAUAAAAAGAUUGAAGCGAAAUCUAUGCAAUCUUUAACAGAUUGCCAGAAGAACGUGACCUCUUUGCUCAGAACAGUUCACAAUCAAAGGCUCGUCCAUUUGGAACACUUCCAUGACACUGUGGUGCAGCAGCUGGGAGAACUGGAGCAGAACUGUCUUUCCCUCAAAAACAUUGAGAAGGAAACUGUGAGGUUCUGGCAGUCUGAGUCAGACACAGUCAAAUCUUUCUGUGCUGAGCAGCAGAAGAGGUUGGAUUCUUUAGAGAUAAUGAAAGAGAGUGUUCAAGAAAAGCAGAGCCGAGCAAAGAGUUCUGAAGCAAUGUCCUCAGGUGCUCACCCCUCCCACUCCACUGCAGCACCUGUCAGGGAAGAGACUGAAGAGAGCUGAAGAGGCCUAAGCACCGUUUCAGUUCCUACUCAAACAUGUGCACACUUAAAACUGGCCUAAAUCUUUUUUCCUACUGCACUUUUUUGCUAUUACUUAUAGGACCAGCUACGGGGAAACAUAAUAUAAAUAAUAACUAAAAUAAUUGUCCUUUAAUAAAUUUGUGUAUAAAGUUA